UGCGCCUGAAAAGGGUGUGAAAGGCCUCUUUUUAUGAGAUACAAUGCUUCAAGACGAUGUAGAGUUCUCAGAACGGCGGUAGCUACUGCUGGCAAAUACAAACGGUGCUUCGAUUAUUGGGGAAACUUUUGAAAGACGUGCUGGUUUGUACAAGACAUAAGACCUGUUGGCAGGGCUUGAUGGAUGCCAUGUGUUUUAGAACUUAAUGAUUUCUAGACAUUUGUUCAAUCACAUAAGGGAUUGAUGGUCCCAUAGGAAUGAGAUAAUGGGUGGGGGGCACCCGAAUUUAUAUCUGAACCUGUUGAAUGGAAAAGGAAGCAGAAGUUAAUUCAAAUUGCGGUAGGCGGCCUAACUGAAAAAGCCGUCCUCCGUGGUGUUUUGCUAAGCUCUUCUGUUGCUUUUGAUUUUGGAAGUAAGUUUGGGAUGUAGCUACACAGCUUGUUUAUCAUGUUCAUCAUUAUUACGUGCUGGACCCUUUUUGUCAAUGUAAUACAAGCAUAGUUUUUACAUGACAGCGAGGUUCUUGAAAGGAGUGGAUGCUAUCACUUCACUGCUUUUACAUCUUGGGUAUUUUUUGUUUCCCAGGACUAGUAUUUGGAUGGGAGGUUGGUCUAAAACGACAUCUCCAAACUGAUUCUCUAAUUCGGUUUGGCCAUACCAAAGGUUUUAUGCUAGUUAUUACUAUUACUGCAACAGCCAACUGUGAUUUACUUCUGUCAGUGAGGCAGUUGUACCCUCAGGGACUUGGAAGCUGGGAACAUCCUUCUCAACCUCAUGCUCAGCUGUGACUCUGCAUUGCUUUUGAAUAUUUCAGUUUCAGUAAACACGUAAGAAAAGGAUAUGACUCAAAUUUCCAGUGCAGAAAUUGAACCAAAUUACCUCAGCCUCAAAGAAAACGAAUAUGCAUGAACGAGUGAACAGAACAGAGAGGCAAUUUAAAUCUCUCCCAGCUAACCAACAGAGUCUUCUUCCUCAAUUCCUUCCUCACCUUGCCAAGAUUCGAAAGUGCAUUGAUCAUAAUCAAGAGAUACUGCAGACCAUUGUGAAUGACUGCGUUAAUAUGUUUGAAAAUAAAGAAUAUGGAGAACACGGAAGAUGGAAGAUUACACCAGCCUCAACAUUUGACAUGGAUAAAUUAAAAUCCACUUUGAAACAAUUUGUGAGAGACUGGAGUGAAGAGGGAAAGCCUGAGAGAGAUUCCUGCUACCAGCCAAUCAUUAGCGAAAUUGUAAAGAACUUUCCAAAAGAGAGAUGGGAUUUCUCCAAAGUUAAUAUCCUGGUGCCCGGUGCUGGGCUAGGUAGAUUGGCGUGGGAAAUAGCUAUGCUCGGUUAUGCUUGCCAAGGAAAUGAAUGGAGCCUCUUUAUGCUCUUUUCUUCUAACUUUGUACUCAACAGAUGCUCUGAAAUUAAUUCAUGUAAACUUUAUCCCUGGAUUCAUCAGUUUAGCAAUAACAGAAGAUCUGCUGAUCAGAUACGUCCGAUUUAUUUCCCUGAUGUUGAUCCUCACAGUCUUCCUUCUGGUUCAAACUUCUCUAUGACAGCAGGGGAUUUUCAAGAAAUAUAUUCUGAGAGCAAUACAUGGGACUGCAUAGCAACUUGCUUUUUCAUAGAUACAGCACAUAAUGUUAUUGAUUACAUUGAUACUAUAUGGAAAAUACUGAAGCCUGGAGGAAUAUGGAUAAAUGUAGGUCCUCUCCUUUACCACUUUGAAAACUUGGGAAAUGAACUUUCUAUAGAACUAAGCUAUGAGGAUAUAAAAAAUGUUAUACUGCAAUAUGGAUUCCAUAUAGAGGUGGAGAAAGAAUCUGUACUGUCAACUUACACUGUGAAUGAACUCUCCAUGAUGAAAUACUACUAUGAAUGUGUGUUGUUUGUGGUGAGAAAACCAGAACAGAAGUGAUGUGAAUAGGAUUCAGAAAAAAUGUUGGUUUGAAACCUAGAAAUGAGAAUGAAAUGGACUGGGUGGUGUGUGGACAAAACCUCAAAUCAGUGGUGCCUUCUUAUUCCUAAUAGGUUUUAGAUAGUGUCUAUUUUCUUAAUAUCUCUUGCUAUCCAGAUGUGUACUAUGCUGUGCAUAUUUGUAAUACACUUGUGAAAAUGGAGGAAAUGUUCACAUACACUGUCUGUUGUGCUUUGGAAUGCAUUAAAAGCAAAAAAUGUUUUACUGAGGCUAAAAUUUAAUGUUUGCCAUAAUUAGGCUAAUUCUCUGCAUAUGCUGCCUCAUUUUUCAUCGAUUUUUUCAAUUACUUUCUUUUUUCUACUUUCAAAUAUUGGGAAUGUAUAGAGGUGCUUACUGUACUAGCUGAGUCGCAUUUAGAGAAGCAUUUCUAAACAAACAAAUUUAUGAAGCUGAAAUGAUUGGAAAGUGAUAAAAUUAUUAUUGAUAGAUAAAAUAGCCACCAGAACUGUUACGGCAUUUUCUGUGAAACUGAAGGGAAGUAGAUUAUUAAACUAAUUCUAAUCUUUGUUAACAGUGGUACAGUCAGUGUAAUCAAAACACAGAACCUAUAGGUGAUUUGAAAUACCAUGUAAAACCAGAGUACAGAGUGAAGAAAAAGCAGCAUGUGACAGAGAAGCAGUAUUUUAACCUCAGUUCAGGAAUAACACCAAUUGUGAUUAAUCUCUUAAGUGUUGAAACUGAAAUCUAUUAGAUGGUUUGCCAUCUUAAAAUACAUUGAUUUUGAGUCAGCUACUUCUUAAGCCAAAACAGCAAAGCAGUAUUUUUUUGUUAGGUAUAAUGAACAGAAAAUCUGUUAUACCUUGAAGUCUUCUCUGUUUUUUAAAGUUUUUAACAUAGCUAGUUAUCCAUGCAAUGUAUACAGAAAAAUCUGUUUCUAAAGGGGAUACAAAAAACAGUUAAAUGUUUUAAUCUGCAGUAACCUAAUCAUCUCUACCUGAGUCAGCAUAUGCAGGCCAAUUGGUAGACAAUUUUCUUGUAGCUUCAGGCACUUUACCCUUGUGAUUCAGUGACUUCUUGGUUCCUUAUCCUAAUGUGUGUUUAGGUUUUUUUUCCUGCCAGAUGUGGCUUAGGUGAAUAUUUAAUAAACAGAUAGUGUACAUGAGAAAACAUUAAGAAUCACUGCUGAGAGGAGGUAUCAUGUUAGCCAUUUUAUUUUCAUAGUAUAUUGGUUACCUUAGUACCAUUUUUAUCUCUUCUCAAAAAUUUCUUUAAAAUAUAAAAGCAUAAUUUCAAGAAAUUAAGGGUUUUUUUCAUAUUUGGCCAUAAUGGCCCUGGACAAUAAAGUUGGUUUGUUUCCCAUUAUUUCUAGUUCCAUUUUUCAUGGUCGUGUCCUAAUUGCAUCUUUUUUAAUACAUCUGUUGGUGGUGUCUGGAUUUAUUCCAUGAAGGCCAGAAAUGUGUGCUGUUGCAGACUUUCAAUUUAGGAACAAGGAGGGAAAAGACGGAGACUGGGAUUUUUUUAUAGUUUCAAAACGGCAUAAGGGUAUGCACCUGGGGCAUGUUUCAGUACUAUUCCCCUUUUCUGCUUAGAAUCCUUAUUGAGAAAAAAGGCUUCUGCUCUGCAGAAGUUUUCUAUUAGAGCUUUGCUUAAACUGGUCUUACUUGAACUCCUUCUUCUUCCUAAAAGUGUGCACCAUUAAGAUUUAACUCUGUAAAAUGAGGUAAACUUUGGCAGUUCUACCCUGCUCCAAGAGAAACAUGUUUAAAGCUGAAACACUGCCAUUGCAACAAGUAGACUAAAAAUAAAAGCCCUUGCGCACCUAGAUAUAACAAAAAAAACCUAGUUGUCUGAAUUACCUUACUGUACUCUUUUUUUUUUCUUUUUUUUUUUUUUUUGAGGGACUGAUUCUUAGCCUUCAUUCUGGUUUUUGUUUUUUUUCCUUAGAUCAAAUAUGAUUAGUGUUUUGCUUGGUUUCCAAGCUUCCUCGAUUGAAAUAAGACAAGGUUAGAUGAGUGUCAGUUAAUGCCAUUAAGUCAGCUCUCUGUUUCUGCCUCCUACCCAGUCUGUAUUUACACUUGAAAUAUGGUGGUGUUGGCUUUCACAAGCAGGCAAUGGAACUCUUGCUUCUGGGUGGAAUGCCAGUAUCCUUUCUUCUGGUGGUUUUGUUCCCUGCUGCCCCAUGUCAUCAGAAGUGCCAUUUUUUUGCAUUGCUUUUGGAAAAUGUUUUCACUUACCUGUGCCAGGUAUAUAGCGAUACGCUUCUAUUGCAAGUGUAGAAAAUGCCUGUUUUCCCCCCAGUGUUCUCUCCGUAAAUUAUAACAGCUGCAUUAAGAUUUGGAAGCAGAAUAAUCUUGUGAGUAGGCUGUUUGAGUUAGUAGUGUUUUACCUGCGGUCCUAUUUGAGUUAAAAUUCAUCACCAGUCGCUUUCUUCUGUUCAGUUGUAUAAGUGAGGGGGGAAAAACAAUGCUUGCAUAGCUUAAUCAGCUGAAGGCAAGAGUUUAUUUAGGUCAUGAUUCAACUGUGCGUGGUUAUCAGGUGUAACAUGAAAUGCUCCAUGACCUUCUGUGUGAUGCUUAUUUAUACGGAGUAAGUCUGACAAAUGUAAAGUGUCCUGUAUUUUUAUUUAUAUGUAGUACACUAAAACCAGUUAAGAAGGUAAGAAUAAGAAUUUUAAUGUCGCUGUCAGUGUGCCUAAUGGGCUUCACUUUUCUGGGCAGUCAUUAAAGUUUGCAGUACGA